ACUUUCUGUUCUUUCUUCACUUGUCUUUAUCCAUAUUCUUUGGCCCUUAAAGUAUAUAUAAAUAGUCAUGGGUCCACCUCCUGUCGCUUUUUUUUUCUUUUUGUUUCUUAUUUUUAUUUUCUCACCCUUUUGUUUUAACGUUACCUCUUCAUCACCCACUCAUUCCUCCUCUUUCUCACAGUUCUCUGGCGAUCAAGAAGACGCGAGCGUUAUUGUUGAGAACUUUACGUACUCACCAUACAGCCAGAAUCGCAAGACUCAUCAACAUCAGCAAGCCUUCGCUGCCCCAAUCUCUUUACCCCAAUUUACAUUUAAUUCAACAGAUCCCACAGAUCCAUCAACUCAUUCUACCAUGUGCAAUAAAGCUGGCUCGAAUCCCAACAGAGUGGUCCUUCCCACUAAUGUCACCCCUUCGCAUUAUACUCUCACUAUCACGCCCGACCUCAACGAAUUCACAUUCACCGGAUAUGUCGAGAUUGAUUUAACUAUUCAUGAGGCUACUAAGACCGUAAAGCUCAAUACCAAGGACCUGACCAUCAAAACUACUAGCAUCGAGGUCGACGGAAAAUCCUACGAGCCUGUCUCUACCGAUCAUGACGAACACCAUGACACCACUACUUUCACCUUUGAUACAGACCUUUCCAAGGGCGCUGCUAUCCUCCGCAUCCGCUAUGAUGGCAUUUUGAGCGAUAAGAUGGCUGGAUUUUAUCGCUCUUCCUAUAAGGAUGCUGAGGGUAAUACGAAAUACAUGGGUGUUACUCAGUUUGAAGCCACUGACGCCCGUCGCGCCUUCCCUUGUUGGGACGAACCCGCUGCCAAAGCCACAUACACGAUCUCAUUGGUUGUUCCUACUGAGUUGGUGGCACUCUCCAACAUGCCUGUCUCUUCAGUUACCCAAGUUGAGCCUGAGCAGAAGACUGUUAACUUUGAAAAGACGCCCAUUAUGUCGACCUACCUUGUCGCUUGGGCUGUGGGAGAAUUCGAGUAUAUUGAGACAACUACUACCAAGCUUGAAAAGCCUGUUACAUGCCGUGUUUAUACUCUUCCCGGCCUGAAGGAGCAAGGCCGUUUUGCUCUCGAAAUCACGCCCAAGGUUCUGGAGUAUUUCUCUGAGAUUUUUGGAACCGCUUAUCCGUUGCCUAAGCUUGAUCAUCUCGCCGUUCCGGAUUUUGAUGCCGGUGCAAUGGAGAACUGGGGUCUUGUUACUUAUCGUACUGUCGCUCUCCUCUUUGAUGAAAAGACUUCAGACUUGCGUUUCAAGGAGCAAGUAGCUGUUACUGUCGCUCACGAAAUCGCUCAUCAGUGGUUUGGAAACUUGGUUACCAUGGAAUGGUGGGAUCAUCUAUGGCUCAACGAGGGAUUUGCUACCUGGGUCGGGACAUUGGCCGUUGACCACCUUUUCCCUGAGUGGGACACCUGGUCAACAUUCGUUGUUGAUGAUAUGCAGCGGGGUAUCGGUUUGGAUUCGCUUCGCAGCUCUCAUCCUAUUGAGGUCCCAGUUAACGAUCCUCAUGAAAUUCAUCAGAUCUUUGAUGCCAUUUCUUAUUCUAAGGGAGCAUCUGUGAUUCGUAUGUUGAGUAACUGGUUGACUGUCGAUGUCUUCUUAGCUGGAAUUCGUCGCUAUUUGAAGAAACAUGAGUAUGAGAAUGCAACAACCGAUGAUCUUUGGAAUGCUCUUUCCGAGGAAUCAAAGAUCGAUGUUCGUGAAUUUAUGAACACUUGGACGCGUGUGAUUGGUAUUCCAAUCUUGAAUGUCACAGAAACCGAUGGCCUUGUUACGGUUGAGCAACACCGUUUCUUAUCCACUAAUGACGUCAAAGCUGAGGAAGAUGAGACCAUCUGGUGGGUUCCUCUUGGUGUUCAUCCUAAGCCAGCUUCUAUUGUUGACCCUAACCAGACUCUCAAGAGCCGUUCCCUUUCUUUUGAGAUCCCUGAAGGCGCCUACCUAUUCAACAAGCACUACAGUGGUGUUUUCCGCACCAAUUACCCCCCCAGUACCAUUAAGCGCAUCGGCAAAGCCAUCUUGGAGGGAUCGGAUUUAGUCGGAUUGAGUGAUCGUGCGGGCCUUGUUGCUGAUAUCGCCUCCUUGUCCAAGUCUGGUCACACUGCUACAAGCAACUUCCUAGACCUUGUACAGUACUACAAGAAUGAGGAAGCUUACGUCGUAUGGGAGCUCCUUGCCAAUCGUGUUGGCGAGAUUGCUUCAAUUUUUGCUGAUGAUGAGCGUAUCAACCAGGGUAUUAAGCACUUCCAGCGUAAUUUGGUUGAUCGAAUGGUCAGCAAGCUUGGAUGGGAAUUCCCCGAGGGCGAGGAUUAUCUGACCAGCCGUCUUCGAAACGUUAUCUUACGUUCUGCAGGUCGCGCUGGUCACGAGGCUACUGUUGCUGAGGCAAAGCGUCGCUUUGCGUUGUUUGUUUCGGACCCGGCUCAUGAUUCGAUCCUGCAUCCCUCGAUCCGCCAGACUGCUUUUGAAAUUGUCCUUUCUCAAGGUGGGGAAGAGGAGUUCCGUCAUGUUCUCAAGUAUUUCCACGCAGCACCCAAACAAGAUCAGCAAGUCAUUGCUCUCUUAGCUCUAGGAUUUGUACAGCAACCUGAGUUGAUUGCUGAGGUCCAAGCCUUGGCAAUUUCGGAGUCCGUCCGUCCUCAAGAUAUUUUCUAUGUCCUUGCUGGUCUCUCCGCCAAUCCUGCCUCGCGACGCCCUACUUGGGAGUGGGUCAAGGCUAACUGGACCACCCUUGCUAAUCGUUACAAGUCAUCAAUGUCCAUGCUAGGUGCUUGUGUUAAGUAUCCUUUAUCUCAAUCCUCAGAUGCGUCGCUCAUCAAAGAGGUCAAAGAGUUUUUUGCUGAUAAAGAUACCAAGGACUUCCAGCGUGCUCUCGAUCAAGCGUUGGAAGGCUUGGACAUCAAUUCUGCCUGGGUUGCUCGUGAGCAGCAAGGUCUUUCUGAAUGGCUAUCUGCUAACAACUACUGAAAAAAUUCUCUAGAUUUCAUUAUGCUGUUUGACCCCUCCACAAAACACACUGACUAACAUGUAAAUAAAAAAUUUGAUUCAAAGAUGCAGC